GUGACCCGGCAGCGUCACGCCUGCGCUAGCAGUCACAAGAUGGCGGAGAGUGCGGAACUAAAGCAAAUGGUGAUGAGCCUGCGGGUGUCAGAGCUGCAGGUUCUUCUGGGCUACGUGGGCAGAAACAAACAUGGACGAAAGCACGAGCUCCUGACUAAAGCCUUACACCUCCUUAAAGCUGGCUGCAGCCCUGCCGUCCAGAUGAAGAUCAAGGAGCUCUACAGACGACGCUUCCCCACCAAGCUGGUGUCCCCAGCAGAACUGGCUCUGCCCGGAGUCCACCCCGCCGCUGCCUCCUUGCCCCCCGGCCUCACGCAGUUGGGAUUUGAUGGGCACAGAGCGCCCCCGUCCCCUCUGCUCCCCAUCUCCCUCCUCGGGCCCAAACACGAGCUGGGCCUGCCCCACCUCCCCACGAACCUGCACCCCGUACACCCUGAUGUCAAACUGCAGCGGCUGCCCUUCUACGACGUACUUGAUGAGCUCAUUAAACCCACGAGUCUUGCUUCAGAUAACAGCCAGAGGUUUCAGGAAACAUGUUUUGCAUUUGCAUUGACGCCACAGCAGGUCCAACAAGUCAGCAGCUCAAUGGACAUAUCGGGGACCAAAUGUGACUUUACAGUGCAAGUACAGUUACGGUUUUGUCUAUCAGAGACAAGCUGCCCUCAGGAGGACCACUUCCCCCCUAAUCUUUGCGUUAAAGUCAAUGGGAAACCGUGUAAUCUCCCAGGAUAUCUGCCUCCUACCAAAAAUGGCGUGGAACCAAAGAGGCCCAGCAGACCCAUCAACAUUACCUCAUUGAUCAGACUGUCCACAACUGUCCCCAACACCAUCGUAGUGUCCUGGACCUCAGAAAUUGGACGUAGUUACUCUAUGGCGGUGUACCUGGUCAAACAACUGUCAUCUACAAUGCUUUUGCAGAGGCUACGGGCUAAAGGCAUCAGAAAUCCAGAUCACUCCAGAGCACUCAUAAAGGAAAAGUUAACGGCAGACCCUGACAGUGAAAUAGCAACCACCAGCCUAAGAGUUUCAUUAUUAUGUCCGCUGGGAAAGAUGCGGCUAAUGAUUCCGUGUCGGGCGUUGACGUGUUCACACCUGCAGUGUUUUGAUGCUACGCUCUACAUCCAGAUGAAUGAAAAGAAGCCCACAUGGGUGUGUCCUGUAUGUGACAAAAAAGCACCCUAUGAACAUCUCAUCAUUGACGGGUUGUUUAUGGAGAUUCUGAACAGCUGUUUAGAUUGUGAUGAAAUCCAGUUCAAAGAAGAUGGCAGCUGGGCCCCCAUGAGGUCGAAAAGGGAAGUGCAGGAGGUGUCGGCUUCAUACAAUGGUAUUGAUGGUGGAUGUCGUACAACAGUGUUGGAGCAGAACUCUCAAACAAACGGCAACAGUGGAGGCAACAGCACAAAAGUGGAGGUGAUUGAUUUGACUCUUGACAGCUCGUCUGAAGAAGAGGAAGAUGAAGAACCUCCUCAGAAGAAAAGCUGCCCCUCGCUAUCUAGCAUCUCUCCAGAGAGUCGGACCCAACCCAAAGGUUGUUGUCAUUCAUGA